CCCUCUGCUCCGGGCGCACCGUCACCGGGGUGAGGCUGUAUUGCGUCGACAGCAACACCUGCUUUCGCUACGACGGGAGCACCAGAGGCUAGGAUAUAUUGCUUCAUCAGUGACAGGGAGCCAAGAUGCCGGCCGGAGGGUUCUCGGUCUCGGCGCCGUCCGGCGUCGAGUUCGAGGCUAAGAUCACGCCGAUCGUCAUCAUCUCCUGCAUCAUGGCUGCCACAGGCGGUUUGAUGUUCGGCUACGACGUCGGCAUCUCAGGUGGUGUGACGUCGAUGGACGACUUCCUGGGCAAGUUCUUCCCGGCGGUGCUGCGGAAGAAACUGGAGGACAAGGAGAGUAACUACUGCAAGUACGAUAACCAGCCGCUGCAGCUGUUCACGUCGUCGCUGUACCUCGCGGGGCUGACGGCCACCUUCUUCGCCUCGUACACGACGCGGCGCCUCGGCCGGCGCCUCACCAUGCUGGUCGCCGGCGUCUUCUUCAUCGUGGGGGUGAUCUUCAACGGCGCCGCCCAGAACCUCGCCAUGCUCAUCGUCGGCAGGAUCUUGCUCGGCUGCGGCGUCGGCUUCGCCAACCAGGCCGUUCCCCUGUUCCUGUCUGAGAUCGCGCCGACGAGGAUCCGCGGCGGGCUCAACAUCCUGUUCCAGCUCAACGUCACCAUCGGCAUCCUGUUCGCCAACCUCGUCAACUACGGCACGUCCAAGAUCCACCCGUGGGGGUGGAGGCUGUCGCUGUCGCUGGCAGGCAUCCCGGCGGCGCUGCUCACCCUGGGCGCGCUCUUCGUGACGGACACGCCCAACAGCCUCAUCGAGCGCGGCCGCCUGGACGAGGGCAAGGCCGUGCUCAAGAGGAUCCGGGGCACCGACAACGUGGAGCCGGAGUUCAACGAGAUCGUGGAGGCGAGCCGCGUGGCGCAGGAGGUCAAGCACCCGUUCCGCAACCUCCUGCAGCGCCGCAACCGCCCGCAGCUCGUCAUCGCCGUCCUCCUCCAGAUCUUCCAGCAGUUCACGGGGAUCAACGCCAUCAUGUUCUACGCGCCGGUGCUGUUCAACACGCUGGGGUUCAAGAGCGACGCGUCGCUCUACUCGGCCGUCAUCACGGGCGCCGUCAACGUCCUCUCCACGCUCGUCUCCGUCUACUCCGUCGACCGCGUCGGCCGCCGGAUGCUGCUGCUGGAGGCCGGCGUGCAGAUGUUCCUGUCGCAGGUGGCCAUCGCCAUCGUGCUGGGCAUCAAGGUCACCGACCACUCCGACAACCUGGGCCACGGCUGGGCCAUCAUGGUCGUCGUCAUGGUCUGCACCUUCGUCUCCUCCUUCGCCUGGUCCUGGGGGCCCCUGGGCUGGCUCAUCCCCAGCGAGACCUUCCCGCUGGAGACCAGGUCGGCGGGGCAGAGCGUCACCGUCUGCGUCAACCUGCUCUUCACCUUCGUCAUCGCGCAGGCCUUCCUCUCCAUGCUCUGCCACCUCAAGUACGCCAUCUUCGUCUUCUUCUCCGCCUGGGUCCUCGUCAUGUCGCUCUUCGUCCUCUUCUUCCUGCCGGAGACCAAGAACGUGCCCAUCGAGGAGAUGACCGAGAGGGUGUGGAAGCAGCACUGGUUCUGGAAGCGCUACAUGGACGACGACAACCACCACAUCGUCAACGGCAAGCUCACCGGCGCCUCCGUUUAACUACUCCGUCUGCUCUGUUCAUGCAUCAGACUCACUUGAUAGUACUACAGCACUACUACUGCAACACCGCAACCGCAAUCCCGAUGGCAAUUGCUAGUACUGCAACUGCGAUGGCAAUGCCGCCUUGUUGUUGUACAAUAGCCCAGUGUUUCGGCCAGAGUCCGUGCUCAUCUUUGAUUUGUAGUAUCUUUCAAUUUUCAAGCAGAGUUUACACGGAUUGUAAUCACAUCCUUGCCUGGUCAUCUAAAACUACAUGUGUACUAUUUCCGGCGCUAUAACGUGUGGUUGAUUCAUCACAGACAGUCAGUCGUACUCGUAGGCUCGUACCAUGUUCUGAGCUUCAGGCAAGCAUAUAUAUAUAGUUUUUAGUG